CUAUCCAGGGCCUUGCUCAUCCUAGGCAAGUGUUCUACAGAGGAGCCACGUGCAUCCUAGAAUAGACUUUCAGUGAUGGGCCCCACGUGCUUCUCUUUCUCUCUCCACACUGUCUCUCCUGGAGCUUCCUUGGCUGACGCUAGUAGGAGAAUGGACUGGUACUUUGAGAAGGUUCCCCUGACUGCCAAGAGAGGGAACUGUCCGUAGGGUAGAGACCAUGAAGCCAAAAAGGGGUGAGCAGCCAGGCUCCCUUCCUUUGGGGAGGCUGAGGACGACUUGCUUGGGUUGUGACUGGCCUCUGAGUCCCUGUCUUGGUCUUCGAGAUGCCCUGUCUGAAGCAUGUUGGAAUCCUCUCACCCCACCCAUUUGUUUUAAAUGCCAUCAAAUAAAUGUAAUUCUUUAAGGACUAUGAGUACACGGCACUGAAAGGCUGUCUACCGUCAUUGAGAUCAUCAGGAACUGAGUGGAACAACAGCCCUUAAGGAUCUGCCGUGGCCAAGGCUUUGAACACGCGGCUCCCUUCACAGGGUUGCUGCUGACAACAGCUGUCAUUAUAUUGAUGGGCAUGUUCAUAGAGUGCCUUUCAUGUGCCAGGCAUGCUCUCAUCCGAUCUCCACAAUAACCCUUUUAUUUCCAACUGACAGGCUAAGGAAACAGACUUAAAGAGCUUGAGUAACUCGCCCAAGGCCAUCAACUACCUCAGCAGCAAGGCUGGGCCCUGGCCUCAGCCGUCACCCUGCACCUCACUGUCGGGAAAUAGUGAGGGAGGAGCUGCCACAGGCGAGCAGGAUGAAAUCAGAUGGGUAUGACUACAGAGGCCACAGGGACCCUCGGGAUCCAGAAGAGAGGAAGGUGUGCAGGGGACUAAGACUCAGUCUGGAUUUAGGCGGGCGAAGGGUACUUCAGGUCUUUCAGGAUGGAUUAGAUGAUAUAAGUGGGUGUGAGGCAGGUGAGGACCAGGGAAGAGAGCAGAGAACAAUGGGGGCACAGCUUAGUGAACUAGUCGGAAGGAAGAAGACACGUGCAGCUAGACACUGGUGUCCCCGUGCAUUCUUUGUACAAUUAUUAUAAUUUUUUGCAGGGGUUGGGGGAGAGAAUGAAUAAACCCAGUUUAAGUCCCAGGUCUUCAACAGUAAAACAGGAUUUUUUUUUUCUUGCUACUUUAACAGAAUGCCUGGUGCUGGAUAGCUUUAUAAAAUAGAAGGCCGUUUGUCUGUCAGCGCUGAAGCUGGGAAGUUCAGGGGCAUAUCAAUGGCAAAUGUGACAGUCACCUCAGGCGGGAAGGCAAAAAGACUACUAUGGGAGAGAAAAUCAGGCCUCUCUCUCUCUCUCUCUGUAUAUAAAUGUGUGUGUAUACAUGUAUGUGUAUGUAUGUGUGUAUGUGUGUGUGUAUGUGUGUAUAUGUGUGUAUAUAUGUGUAUGUGUGUAUGUGUGUAUAUAUGUGUGUAUGUGUGUAUUUGUGUGUGCAUGUGUGUGUUUGUGUGUGUAUGUGUGUGUAUGUGUGUGUAUGUAUGUGUAUGUGUGUAUAUAUGUUUAUGUGUAUAUAUAUGUAUGUGUAUAUAUGUAUGUGUGUAUGUAUGUAUAUGUAUGUGUGUAUAUAUGUAUGUGUAUGUAUGUGCAUUCAUGUGUAUGUGUGUAUGUGUGUGUUUGUGUGUGCAUGUAUGUGUAUGUGUGUGUAUGUGUGUGUAUGCAUGUGUAUGUGUGUAUGUGUGUAUAUGUAUGUGUGUAUAUAUGUGUGUGUAUGUGUGUGUAUGCAUGUGUAUGUGUGUAUGUGUGUAUAUGUAUGUGUGUAUAUAUGUAUGUGUAUGUAUGUGCAUUCAUGUGUAUGUGUGUAUGUGUGUGUUUGUGUGUACAUGUAUGUGUAUGUGUGUAUGCAUGUGUAUGCAUGUGUAUGUGUGUAUGUGUGUAUGUGUGUAUAUGUAUGUGUGUAUAUAUGUAUGUGUAUGUAUGUGCAUUCAUGUGUAUGGGUGUAUGUGUGGGUAUGUAUCUGUGUGUAUAUAUAUGUAUGUGUACGUAUGUGUAUAUGUGUAUGUAUGUGUGUAUGUGUGUGCAUGUAUGUGUAUGUGUGUAUAUGUGUGUAUGUAUGUGUAUGUAUGUGUGUAUGUGUGUGCAUGUAUGUGUAUGUGUGUAUAUGUGUGUAUGUAUGUGUAUGUAUGUGUGUAUGUGUGUGCAUGUAUGUGUAUGUGUGUAUAUAUGUAUGUGUAUUAUGUGCAUUCAUGUGUAUGGGUGUAUGUGUGUAUAUGUAUGUAUGUGUAUGUAUGUGUAUGUGUGUGUAUAUUCAAGCUCUUGAGCAUGCAGAAGCCUAUGGAGAACAGAAAAGGAAGUUUGAGUAACUGGAGCUGGAGUUUCAAGUGGUUGUGAGGCACCUACAUGGGUGCUGGGAGCUGCAUGAGUCUGGAAGAGCAGGUUGAGUUCUAAACCACAGAACCAUCUCUCUAGCUCCUUAUAUACAUGGUUUGUUUGUUUGCUUGUUUUCUUGCUGCUGGGGCUCAAACAGGUCUUGUGUAUGGUAGACCAAUAUUACUUUUAUAGCAUGGAACCCAUUCCUGUGAUAAAAGCCUCGAUCUGCUCAUGAUCUAAUUGCCUCUUAGGAACUUUACUUCUCUCAAUGGUUAUAACAGCAGGUAAACAUCCACAUGAGUUUUGGAAGGACAUGGAACCCAGAGUGAUGAGGGAGCCUGGUGCGCCUCACUGGGGAGGACAGAAAUCGUUCAUGUAUGAACUUAGACUGUAUCUCUGUUUAUUAUCUGUCACAUAAAUGCCACCCACAGUUGCCAAGGUCCUGCCCUCAGAUGACACACUCUGUGUCAUAGCUACUCUUUCCCCCUUCCUCAGGGCCCUUGACACUGAGUCAUCCAGCCCAGUUACUGCAUUCGUUUCCCCCCUUCUCUGUCACCAACCCCUUUGAGAUGGCUGUCAUUACAUGCCUGUGUUAUUACAGCAGACUCCUGACUGGUCUCCUGCCUUCUGUCAAUCAUCACAUCCAGCCACUCUGCACCUUCACAACAGAUUCAUUCUCCCAAAGUCCCGCCCUCCUGACCCUGCUUCCUCCCUCAGACCCUGCGCUCACUCCCAGGAGCUCUGAGGUUGAGACUAGUCUUUUAGCGGAAUCACCUACAACCUACUUCCCUCCAUUGGCUUUGUUUGUUUGUCCAUGCACCAGCAGGCUAUACCUUGUGCUGCUGAGGCUUCACCCUCACACCUUCUUUCUGGACCAUGCCUUCUUCUCCUAGACAUCUAGCUGGCCACUUUCAGCCUGGCUCUCUGACAGUCAAUUCCUGGGGCUCCUCAGCCCAGCUUCUGAGCUCUCUUCUUGGUGGGAAUCAUUUACACUUCUUAGUGUCUUGCUCAUUGGGCCAAUGACCCCAAGGAAAACAAAGUGUCUCUAGAUGUCUGGGAAAGCCUCCAUCAUUUGUCCUUGGUCCCCUAGGUUCCUUAUGAAGAGCCCCAUUGAACAUAUAGUAGUUUGUAUGUUUUGUAUUAAAGAGCAGAAAUCAACGUGGGACUGGAAAUUAUGGUAGCAAAGUAAUGGAAGCUGGGGGAAAAGAUUCGUUUUUGGUAAAGAAGGGCAUAGAGCAGAGGCAGUCAUUCACACUCUGGAAAUCUGUCUUUGUCUUUGGUGUUUCUGUCCCGGCUAUGGGCAGCCCAGCCCUGCUUUUCUCCUCAGAAACUACCCUCUCCCACCUUUCCAGAACUCCUAGUCCAUGCAGAAGGCAAAUGGGGGUCGGGUGAGCAUUGGCAAGCAUUGGAGAGCAUUGGCGCUUAAAGGUAAGCUCUGUGCAGCAUGCUCUCCCUCAGGCACUGCUGGGAGUGUUUGAGGAGUGAAUUCCUUGCCAGAUGAGUCUGGAGGCCGGAAUGAAGAAUGGCAGACAGGGGAGUGCACCCAUCCUUUAGCACUAAUGUGCAGGCCGCCAUCCAUUAUGUUCUUAAUGACAAUAACAGCGAUAACAGUGAUAAUGGUGUGCUGGGCGGAGCUUGCGGGAUGAGUGAUGGGUGCGGACAUCAGUGAAGCCUGUUCUCACCCUGGGGGAUUGGAGCUCCAAGCAGGCUUUCGAGUUUCAGGGGUGUGCGCGCCAUGCUCUGCUGGCAAGAUGCCCCUGUGGGACCCAACGGGGGAAGAAGAAUCCUUCGCUCGGGAUCUUGGGGACGUCAAACUGCUUCUUACGCAACAGCCUCCUAAUGAGUUAAGUGUAAACGAAUCAGAAGCAGAUGGAUCAGAUCGUUCUGGAAAUACACCCGAGGUUUAAAAAUCAAGGGAAAAAGCAGUUGGCAAAAGGCAUUUUGGGGUUUGCCAAGACCCAGAACAUUUGAAAAACAGUUCAAGCUUUCUUUUUUUUUCUCCCCCUUUUUCUUUUCCUUUUCUCUUUGGUUGCAAAACUCAAACUGCUGCCUGGAGGCAGUAGAAAGAGCUGGGCCUCCAUUCUUUUAAGCUGAAGUUCUCCUGCCGUGUGGGUAAUGGGCCCCAGACAGGAGGCAAUGGGCUAUGGAAUUACAUGGACAGGGGCUGUCCAGGGGCAAGGCAGACUCUUCACGUGAGUGAAGGCCCUGGGGCCCGCAGCUCCCAUCUGGGCCUCAGCGCUGUAGGCCUGCUUUGAGCUGUAACCCAGGCCUCAGGCAGUACCUCUAUGUCUCCUAAGAACUUGAUUUAUUCCUGCCAAUCCAGAGGAAGCUCAUUUGAAAGGGAAGUAGAUUUCAGUGUUCCAGGUAAGGGACUUUUGUGUUGAACAAACAUCAGUUCAACGGACUGUAAAGUGGAGUGCUUAUUUUACGUUGGGGGUAGGGGGAAGCUUAAACAAUUUUUCUUUUAAUUAGCCACAUUUGGCACGACCAAGUCUUUCCCUGGUGGGACUGUCUUGCCAAGGGAAAAUAAAUAAGAGGCAACGGUCUCAAAGGAAAGCCCGAAUCCAGCAGUUUCUGAAUCUGCCAGCUUGCUGUGAGACUGCAUGUCAGACAUAGAAGCUUUCUGUGCACUGGCUUACCGACUGUCCUCUCUAAAGAGGUACUCUGAUUCCAUCCACCACGUAUGUGAAUCAAAUAUGAUGGGGAUUGUGCUUUUGGUAACCCAUAGACAGCGGAGCUCUCUGUUAUAGGAACCUUGGAUUCUCUAUGUUCCAUACAUGAUCCACUUGAUGACUCUCACUGUAGCUCUCCCCUUCCUCUUAAACUUAUCCAUAAAGCUUGACACAUCCUCUAUGCACCUAGACCCUGGCUUUCAGGGGGAGGCACCAUAUAAAGAAAGCCUAGUUCACUGUCCAAGGCAGGCAGCUCCAGGCAAGGCCCGGAUGGAGGGAAAGAAAGGUUUCCAUUUGUAAGCAGAAAGACUGCUUUUUGAUUCCCAUCUCAGGGUGGUGAGCCUGACUAGAAGGGAGUGGCUCAGUGACCUGGGGGUCCCACCACAACAUUUUGGUUUCCUCAUUCUAGGAUCUUCUAUUUCCAAGACAUGCCUUCCUCAUUUGUGGUUUUACCCGAACCCAGUCUGGCAAAGCGAGGUUGGUGUUUUGCUGUGCCUCCUCUUGCUGCCUUUCCUCUUCUGGCAGCUGCGCGUUACCCUUGCCUGCUUUCAAUGGGCUGGGGAUGGUCCAGGGUUCCCUGUAUGGAGAAGGGAGUCUAGGAGCCGCUGCAGCAUGGGUUAUAGGUGUACAGGCCGUGCUAGGGCAGAGUACAGCCCCGUUCCUAUCUCUCCGGAAAACCAGAUGCUUCUUCAAACCCAGAUCGCUUCUUUAUUUAUCCAGGUAGUCCUUCCUCUGCUGUUUGUUGCUGGCUCCUAACCUGAGGCCCCGGUGAAGAUGGGCCUGGGUAGCUCAACCCACAGAGCUGAGGACAACAGCUUUAUUCAGAUCUUUAGAGCAUAAAACUGCCCCGUGCCUCUUCACAAAACCCCACGGAAAAUACAGUCAACCAUGUCCUUCAGUAUAGGGGCACCCAGUUGACAGAGCAAGGUCUGGUGCCCCCUCAGGUCCUUGGCUUUCUUUCCCUAUCUGAACUCUGUUCUCCACUACGCUCGGUUGUGUUCUCUGGCAUGGUGUUUAUCACUGUUUCCACACCCCAGAUGGACCGUAAGCUCUUUUAGGACGAGAUCGGGCUUUUUUGCACUUCUCCGUAAUUCACACAAUGCCGAGCAGAGUGUCACGGAUGCAGAAUCUGCCUCGCAAAUAUUUAAUUGACAGGGAAAUGUUGAAUUGGACAGAGCCGUGUGGCAGCUCCAGUUUGCUUCAGAAGAGAUUGGUACCAGGUCCUUAAUCUAAAAGAGGGGCUGCUCUAGGUCUCUGUGCUGGGCCCUCCAUGUCACCUGAGAUCCCUGUUGGUCCCAGUCUUUGUCCACAUGGCCAGAAUGCUCCUUAUUAAGCUGUGUUGAGUUCCCGGGGCACACUCUAAAAUAAAAAAGAAGGCUUUGGGGGAUUUAUAUGGUCCCAGUCAAGUGAAAAUCAGGCAGAAAAUUCUAGAACAGGUGGGGAAAAUGCCUAUGACAUCUCCUAGUGUGGGACUUUAUUCCCACCAAGCUCUGAGUUCCAUGGUAGACAUGCUGGGUGACCUGAGGGUCCCCUUUUAUUACAUAAACAUGAGAGGGAAUAGUCUAUCAGUCUGUCUGUCCCUGCCUGCUUGCUUCUUACCUGAAAGAGGAAGAGCGCACACUGGAUUUCGUUUUAAACUCAGAGGAAAACCUUGAGCACAGGGCUUGUUUAAAUGCUAUGGCUCGUUGAGACUACAUUGGAUGGUCAUUUACCUGCAAGGGAAGCAGCAGGCACUUCUGGAGGAUGGCAUGGCAUGGGGGGAAGGCUGCAUGAUACAGAGGCCUUUGUUCCAGACUUUCUCCUUUGUGUAUCCUAAAUAGAACAGAAUCUUAAGAAGGCCCUUGUCCUCUACUCCUCUCUCUUUGCUGACCAGAGGGCUCUGCCGCACGCACGUGUCUGACUAGAUGAUGCAGGACGAAAGUGGCCUUCAUACAGGAAAGGGAAAACAAAAAAGCCAGGAUUCUAGAUCUCUUAGACCUCUCUCUCUCUCUCUCUCUCUCUCUCUCUCUCUCUCUCUCUCUCUCCUUCCCCACAAAUCUCCAUAAGCUACAUACAGAAAUCCCCUUGCAGCAUGCAGAAUGGGUGCUAGACUUGGGGCUCUGGGUUAAAUGGUAGUGGGGUGAGGGGGUGGCUGUGAGGCCCUGUGUGCCUGCCCAGAGGGAACAGGGUGCAGGCAGGUUCUCCAGGACUCAGAGUGAGGGCAGCGUCUCCUGCCUCACCCUACAUGCUUGCUGCUACCGCCUCUGUUCACCCUGCCAGCCAGCUGGGAGCCACCGCGUGAUUGAUGGCCCCAGCUUGGGUGGAAAGUCCGGAUUCCAUGCGAGACAGCUAAGGAGGUAGGAGGGAGAGCCACUUCUAACAUCUGCAACAAAAUUAAAAAUUAAAUAAAUAGAAUUUGUUAGUUUACAAAUAGAACUGUUACUUGUUACUCAGGGUAUUAACAAUCUUCUUUUGGGAUUAAAUUUUUUUAUUUUUAUUUUUAAUUUUUUUUCUUUUCUGGUAACACCCGUGAAAGACGUUUGUUUCAGUUGCCAACAUUUCUGCAGAACUAAUGUGGGUGGAUUGUGACAGAUAUAAUUUCUCCAUCCUACACUUUCAUCAACUUGAGUUCUGUUAAACUAUGCCCGCUGGGCUCAGCUCCUUUUAAAGUUUCCGCUUUGACAGGUAGAUUUAUUAGUCUUGAAAUUUGUACAAAUCAGAUGUCACUCGUGGCAACUUGUCAAAAUGUCAGUCUGGCGAGGCAGCAUGAAAGGCUUUCUGGAGAGAGACAGACGCGAGGCAGGCUUUGGAGGACUCCAGUGUGCUCCAUGGAGGCAUGGAAGGGACUUCAGCCCUUGAUCCUGGGGGCUUUACUUUAUUAAAUAUCUCAAGCUGUACAGAGGGGAUGGGCUUUCGGAUCCAGGUCUUGGAGACAUCAAGUCUGACACUUCCCAAAAGCAGUUCCUGGAGCCCGUGCUAUGUAGCUGGAUGUCACUUGCCUCUGGACUGAUGCCACCCAAAGCUGCCUGCUUCCUGUGUGUGGCUUCCAUCAGUUUCCUGACUACAGGGAUUGUUUUCAUCUCUUAUUCGCCUAAGCGAGUGUUCAAUGAGUAAUAGCAGGAUGCUACAAAAAUAACUCCGACAUUGAUGCCACAGUGAGAGAAAUCACAAGAAGCAAGAAUUCACUCUAAGCCGAGGCUGUAGUGAAGCACACAAUGAAGCCUGGCCUUUAGGAAGCCCUGGAAGCCAUUAGUGACGGAGACAUCAGCAUUCCUGAAGUGUUAGAGAAGCUUGCUGUGGGCAUGCGAGGACAUGCGUCUACCAGGUAUUCUGACCUCACCCUUCCCAUGAGGACAUGAGGAGUGAUACCCAGGUAAUUACUGAAAUGGGCAGAAGAGAUAAAAGAAUGAGUGAAAUUAAAAAAUAAAAGCUGUCGUCUCCGUCUCUGUCCCGCAGAAAGGAGCGACACCACGACGUUCUCAAGCAGUUUACUCAGGAACCUUUCUUUCUGAAUGCAAACAGCAAUUUCUCUUUUCUUUUCUUCUCUCUCUCUUUCCUCUCUCUUUCCUUUCCAGUCCCCGAGCACACUCCCUUAUAUCCUCCCUCAACUCCGCCUCCUCCGUUCAGACUGCAUAAUCUCCGUUCAUAGGUCCACGUCACAUGGCCUGAUCUUGCGUCAUGGUGCGCCUGCGCAGCUCUCACAAUGGACGUCGCUAGUUUCAGUGAGAGGCUUGCUCCGCCACGUGCUCCCCACUGGUAUCAUCUGACACCACCUGAAACAAGGGGCCCGCCUCAGCACGGACUGGGCCAUUGCAAACUGUAAGCCCUUUCUCAUUGUAAGUUAUGCCGUGUACUUUGUUAUGGGACAGAAGGCUAGCACAUCCUUAGUUUAGGAGAAUGCCAUGGAGAUAGAUUUAGGAGCUGAUGCAGGUUUCUGAGCAUGAUAUAAGAAGAGUCACACCAUGAGCAGCUCUUGUCCCUCCUCUCAAGCUCUACUUAGACCUCCAAGUCUGCGGAGUCACCGGGAAGCAACUUGAAAAGGCACUGCAGGGCCUUGAACCCAGACAACCUUGAGAGGGUAGAGUAACUGUUAGAUACCAGGAAGUUAAGACACCUUGGGGGUAGGGCCUGAAGACAGUUGGGUGUGGGGAUGGUGAUUAAUUUGGCUUAGGAAAUUUUCAAAGGAACCGCAAUGCUUAGUCUUUAAGCGAAGUUACAGCAAGGCUGCGCGUGCACGUGAGUUCCUGGCCUGAACCCCGAGGAGAAAGCACAGCUCAAAGUACUCAGGAGUCCUACCACCGAGGGCUAUGGGCUUCACCCUAGAUUUUAGGGAGAUUCAGAUAGGGGAAGUCUCCGGAAGGGACAUUGUUUCGUUUAAGCUGCUAUACAGCAUACAGCCAUGCAGAUCUAGGAUUAUGAUGCAACCCCACUCCAAGAUUCUGUGACUUAGAAACUUGCCUACUGACACAGGACAGAUAAGCAUUCAUUAUGACAAAGGUAUCUUUGAUGUCUGCACAUCGUCUGUCACAAUACAACUUCCUCCUCUGACUAACUAGGAAAGUGGAAUCUCUCUGGGACAUAGUACCCCACAGAAAGGCUCUGAUGUAAGUAAUUCCAGCAGAUCUCAGACUCGCAGCUCAGAAUGGGAAGUCACCACACAGCAUAUGGGUUAGCUUUAUGACACACGGAUUAAAAAACGUUGGCAGCUCUAUUUGUAUGACUAAUAGAGCCACAGAUGGCAGGGCAUGGGAGAAAACCUAAAGGAAGGCCAAAUUCCCAAAUAACUUUAAUGUGUAAUUAAAGGCAGUGAAGUUUUAAAUUGUUAUUUAUUAUUAGAUUCUAGGUGACACCCUGAAUUCGAGGUCUAACUUCAUAAGUAAAAAACUAUGCAGUCCUUAAAAAGUGACCUUGUGGGGUUGAGGAUUUAGCUCAGAGGUAGAGCGCUUGCCUAGCAAGCGCAAGGCCCUGGGUUCGGUCCUCAGCUCCGGAAAAAAAAAGUGACCUUGUUUGUUCUAACUUCAGUGAUGUAAUAUCCACAAACGAUGUAUAUAUUUAUUUAUCUCAUGCUAAUUAACAUGUUUAUCAGCUUCAAUGAUAAGUUCUUGUCACCCCACCCCCACUCAGUACACUUUCAAAUAGGCUACAUUAUUAUCAACUAUUGUCACCAUGCUGUGACACAGCUCCCAGACUUUGUCCUGUUCAACCGAAACUUUUUGCCUUUUGAUCAACUUAUUUCUUACUCCAUGCGCCUCUAGCUGGCAGAAACCACCACUCAAGAAACAACUCCCAUAUCUAGAUCUAGUCUCCUUUGUUUGAUGGGAGUGGUUGGUCAUCAUGAGCAGAAAUGUAUGUCAAAUGCCCUUAUAAAUUGUGUAAAUGUGAAAAAAAAGUGCAGUGAGGGAGAACGAUAAGUGCUCUGGGAGUUAAUGAUUGCUGAGCACCCGUGUGCAAGACCAUGCUCCCAUCCAUCCACUCAUCCAGUCACGACAGGCACCCACAGCUCCAGGACUUAGCAUUACACUUGCCCCAUUUUGCAGAUGAGCAAAUUAAGGCUAAGAGAUUUUAAAGGAACUUUCUAUAAAAGCGUACACAAUGAACCCAAAGUACACAGGACUCACAAAGCCCUGCCGACUACAUAGCGUCCUAAUUUGGUGGUGUCUUGGUAUGGACACCGAGACCUAGGACCUCUGCUCCUAAUUUGAUUUCUAGUAAAUGCAAGCAUGAACUGAACACACGCAUUGGUUUGCUCUGCAAUAGCUUAUAGGAAACUGAUGUAUAUGACCUAGAAAUUUAAUUUAUUAAUUUAUAAUGUGAACCGUAUCUAAUAAGUAGAUUAUCAAUAGACAAUAGAGGAUCUCUUUUUAAAAUAAGAGAGCCAAACUCUCAUCAUUUUCUAGGUGAGGAUGAUAUCAGAGCACACUGAUUGAUAAUAAUUAGAACAGUCACAGCAAUAAUGUCAUACUGGUUACUUUUCUUACCAUUAUGACAAAAUACUUGACCAUAGGCAACUGAAGCAAGGGAGAGUUUAUUUUGGUUCCCAGUUGAAGACACAGUCCAUCAUGGGAGGGAAGCAGCCAGGAGAGAGAGAGAGAGAGAGAGAGAGAGAGAGAGAGAGAGAGAGAGAGAGAGAGAGAGAAUGAAUAUGAUGAUAUUCAGCUAGCAUUCUCCUUUUUGCUUAGUGUAGAAUUCCAGCCUAUGAAAUUGUGUGGUCCAUGCUUAAGAUGGGUCUUCUCUUCUCAGUUAAAACUUUCUAGAAAUCCUCAUAUAAAAUACACUGAAGUAUUGUCAGGUUGACUUAAGAGUGGCCAUCACAAGCUCACUCCUUGUUGACUUGACAACCUAACACAUGAGUUUAAACCAUGACAUUGCAUCCAGGGCUUCUAAUUUCUCAUGUUCCUCUCAUAAUGUCCAGUAGUCCCGAGACUCUUCAAAUGUGUCUUUUCUGAGACUCGGAUGAUUUCUUUGUACUUCCAACAUGCAAUUGCAAAAGUAAACACUUACAGUCUAAAAAGGAAGAGUGGGGCAAGUAGAGUAAGGUACGAUCAGACCAAAGCAAGACUGAAACCCAGAAUGACAAACACUAGAUCCUGCAGCUCCAUGUCUGGUAUCUGGGGUUGUGCUGGAAUAAUCUGGAUUCUAGUGAACUUGGACAGCUAUUCCUUGGACAGGCAGCAUCUCUUGGGCUCACUCUACAAAGUGCCUGCAGCUUUCCUCAGCAGAUAGCACCACACAUGCAUACAGCUCUGAAGAGUGUUCCAGCCCUGUGCUAGAGAAUGGUGAAGUCAUCAAAGUCCAGUCUCUGCUUUUAAGAUGAUUGCAGCUAGUUGAGGAUGCAAACAAGCAGGAAGGUUCAGAACUAUAUGAUGGUGGCUGUCACAGACAGAAUGGGGUGUCUGGGGGAACUUGGGGAAUGCCAUUUAUUGGUUGCUUGGAAUGGGGUCUGAAAGAAUGAGAUGGCAAGGUUUGUCUGGAAAGAGGCUAGAAGGAGAUCCUGAGACUCAGGGAAGGCAAUCCCGGAAGUGUUGUUUAGGUGCCUUAGGGAAGAUUUGGGGUGUCCCUGUCUGAAGACUGGCAGAAAUGAAAUGUGGAUAGUGAUCUUUGUCAUUUGUCCUGUUACAAACAAGUGUCCCCCACAGGCCUAUGUGUUGAAGAGUUGGUGGCCAGGUGGUAUUAUGGAAAAAUAAUGGAAACUUCAAGAAGCAGAGCCUACCAGGCAGUCUUCAGGUCAUUGGGGGCACACUCUUGAAGGGGACUGUGUGCCCGUCUUCAUUUUCUUUCUGCCUAUGAGGUAAGCAGCAUUGUGCCACCACAUACUUGCACCAGGAUGGGUUGCCUCACACAGGCCCAAAGCAAUAGGGCUAAUCACUCAUGGUUAAGAAAUACAUGAAAUUCAGAAACUUUAAGCUAGCUAAAACCUUUCCUUAAAUAUUUAUUUUUAUCAUUUUUAAUUAUAUAUAUGUCUCUCUCUCUCUCUCUCUCUCUCUCUCUCUCGUGUGUGUGUGUGUGUGU